GCCCUCCGAUGUUCAAGUCAACAGCAAUUCGGCGCAUGAUUCCGCGGUUUGUGGAUGAGGGCAGGACACAUAUACAGCUGCGAGAGCUGCCACGCUCAGCUCUCCUCACCGACUUGCGCAGACUAUGCAUUCGCAACCAACUUCUAGGUGUAACGGAUGUCGCCAUCGACUACCAUCGCUUCCUCCCUACAGGCCGCGCAUACCUCACCCUCGCUCAUACAAAGCACUUGCAGAAGAACCUGCAAGCACUCGAAAAGGCAUCUGUGGGCAGUCUGACAAUAAAAGCCACAUCAGCCCCUCCCCCACGAUCUGGUCAUGGGCUGGACAGAACAGGAACGCAACGCAAGGUUUUCUCUGGCAAUGGUCCUCAUGGUGGGAUGUCCUCCCGCAUGAAGCAUGUCGUUAUCUGGGGCUUGCCUGGAAAGAUAUCCGAACAAGCUGUUGAAAAUUAUUUGCGUGAUUUCCGGCUAGAUAAUGUAGACGGUAAGAUUGGGGCCGUCAAAGUCGAGCUCCCAGCCAACACGUUCUCCCUAUAUUCACGAUACCUGGUUCGGCCCACUUCGAUGCCUGAAGCUCAUCGCCUUGUACGGAAACUACACAUGACAUAUUAUGAGCCAGAACACUGGGGAAGAAGAUACCAACUGCGCGCUCGUGUCGUAUACUGACCAUCGGCUCAUGCAUUUUAUAAUCACUAU